CAAAGCUGAAGGUCAGACCCUCCUCCCUCCACCCCUUCCUUCCACUCUUCUCUUUCUCAACUGCUGGCUGGUCCUCAGCUAUAGGUGGAUCCUCCCAGCCCUGCUCUGCUGAGGCUCCCAGAGGACCGCAGCAGGCAGGAUGACCCAAAACACGGUGACCGUGAAUGGAGUCGAUGUGGCCUCUACACUGUCCCAGCCCACCCACAUCAACAUCCACAUCCACCAGGAAUCGGCUUUGGCACAACUGUUAAAAGCUGGGGCUUCCCUGAAGGAGUUCUUUUCUCACCCUCAGGACGCUGGCCCUUCCAAGACCAAGAUGAGCUAUGGGCAGCUGGCACUGGGGAUGACCCAGAUAUUGUUGGGGGCUGUGAGCUGUGCUCUUGGAGUAUUGCUCUACUUGGGGCCCUGGAUGGAGCUGCGUGCCUCGGGCUGUGCCUUCUGGGCAGGGUCUGUGGCUGUUGUAGCAGGAGCUGGGGUCAUUGUCCAUGAGAAGCAUGGGAGCAAACUCUCAGGCUGCACAUCAGGUCUGCUCACGCUGGCUGGUAUCGCCAUGGCUGUGGCUGCUUUUGUCCUCUGUGUGAAUAGCUUAACCUGGCAAACCGAUGGCUUCGUUUACAUCGACUCUGCGUGUGUUUACCCAGAAUCUAACGUCAUGAACACGACCACUGGGUACACAGAGACGUGGCGAAGGAGUGGCGGGUCACAGUGGAAUGAGGAUAGGUGUAGAAUCUACAUGCAAAUGCUGAUGAAUUUGUUACUGGGAAUCCGUGCUCUGCUACUGGCUAUCUGUGUCCUGCAGGUCAUCGUAUCCUUGACUUCCCUGAUCAUGGCUCUUAGAAGUUCGCGUGGCCAGAGCUCCCGGCCUCUGGAUGAGGAAGGGUCAGAGAAAAAGCUACUGGGGGAGAAUUCAGUGCCUCCCUCCCCAUCCAAGGAGAAGACAACAGCUGCCAUCAUCCUGUGAGCUCCUGAAGACCCUGCCUGGUCCUCCGCAUGCCCCCAGCCAGAGUAGCCCAGGGCCUCUGGAGGAUACAGCAUCCACUCCCCAGGGCCCCUCCCUGCCCCUGCUCCUCACACUUGCCUGUCCUUUGGCCAGUGUCCCGGCCUCCUCUUUUUCGGCUAUUCCCACUCCAGUGGCCUCAAUUCAAGGAACAAGUGCUGUAGCCUUUUCUCCAGUGCUGAUUAAAUAGAAACAAUAGGAAAAAUAA